AUGUCGGAAGUAUCCCAACUAGCUAUGAUUAUACGUCUUCAUGUCCAGGAAAUGCAAGAGAGAAGUGUUAAGGUAGCACGACCAUCUUUCCAGAGCUUUCUGGGAAAAUACUUGGUCAUGAUAUUUUGGGUCCAUCGGUGGCGUCUGAAUGCUCCCCUCCUCUCCUAUAUUACAGAAGAGGAAGGUUUUCUUCAGUUUGAAGAUAGGCGAUUUAAGGAUAAGUCUAGUACCCUACUUUCCGGCCACCUUUUACGCCAAAAAUUGUGA